AUGAAAUAAGAUUCAUUUAACUUAUGUUAAAGAGUUAGGAUCUUUGAAGAAUCUAAUGAAAGAGUAAUCACUUCCCCUAAUAGUAAAUAAUAAGCAAAUGCUUAUCAAAUGUUGGUGCGUUGUUAAUCUCCAUAAAAAGUUGAAUACAUGAAUUCUCAUUCAAAUAGAUCAACAGCCUACAUCCAUCCUGCAUAAGAUUAUACUGAAGUAAUUGGACCAUCUUCAAUUAGAAUAAUAUUACAAAUAGGUAAAGGCUCAUUUGGAGAUGUUUAUUUGGUUGAAAAGAGAAUAACUGGUAGGCCUAAUCAAGGACCGAAAUUGGCUAUGAAGGUUUUACCUAAGAAUAAAUUCCUUGGAUAAAAUUUAUUAAGGUAUGCUUUAACCGAAAGAAAUAUUCUGUCUUAUUUGAAUCAUCCAUUUAUUGUUAAAUUAAGAUAUGCAUUUUAAACUAAUACUCAUCUAUGUUUAUUGAUGGACUUUUGUCCUGGAGGUGAUCUAUCUAAAUUAAUCCAAAGACAAUAAAGAUUAUCAGAAUAAUAAGCCAAGUUGUACUUUGCUGAAAUAUUGACUGCCUUGGAACACUUACAUUAAAAUGACAUCAUCUACAGAGAUUUAAAACCAGAAAAUGUUGUCAUUGACCAAUACGGACAUGCAAUGUUAACAGAUUUUGGAUUAUCAAAGGAAGGAAUUCACGACAAUUAUGGAGCCAAAAGUUUUUGUGGUUCUAUGGCAUAUUUGGCUCCAGAAAUGCUAAAAAGAGUCGGUCAUGGUAGGGCUGUUGAUUGGUAUCAUAUGGGGAUCUUAUUAUAUGAAAUGAUUACUGGUCGACCGCCAUAUUUCUCAGCCAAUAGAGAUGAAAUGAUACUACAAUAUUGA